CAACCCGGAUGUUUUGAGUGAAGCUACCCAACUAGUGGCUGAAGAAACGCGCGUGAUAUGUCUGGACAGUAUAAUUCCAAGUAUUAUCAGGUUUUAGUAGGUUAAACGUCUUUUUUUAAGAUGCUGCCCAACGUAGAAGGUGCUUGUCCGUUUGUAGAGGACAGUUUUAGUCGUUUUGUGUCACAGAGUAACAUGUAUGGACUCUGUCAGGCGGGAGAACAAGAACUAUUGGCCGCCACUUUAAAAGGAAAAGUGGUUUGUUUCAGAUAUCAAGAUCUCCAACAGAAAAUACGACCUGUCGCCAAGGAGGUGCAAUUUACUUAUAUUCCAGUCGAUGCAGAAAUCGUAUCUAUUGAUGCCUUCAAUAAGUCUCAUCCGAGCAGAGGACUAGUGGUGGGGAUUACUUUUAUCAAGGACUCGGGGGACAAGGCCACACCCUUCCUCAACAUCUACUGUGACUACGAGCCGGGGUCCGAGUUCAACCUGGAGUCUAUAGCUCAGAGCUGCCUGAAUCUGGAGUUGCAGUUUACUCCUUUCCAGCUGUACCACACAGAAGUUCAGUGCAAAGAUGGCUGCAGUGACACAGUGUUUCUACUUAGUGGCAAUGACCAGUGCAUACACCUGUACAAAGAAAAUGCCUCUCUGCACCAGUUCGAGGAGCAGCCGGUCGAGAGACUCUUCCCUGAGUUGCAGGAGCUGCCAAGCAAUGUGCUAUGGAUGGACACGUUGAGUCUUCCUGGUGGGCGGCGCCUCUCUGCAUUUGGCUGUCAAAAUGGCUGUGUGGGAUUGGCUCUGGUCAAGCAGGAGGGGCCUGAGGUUCUGCAAAGCUGGAGGCUCCAACAGGACAGCCCCAUCUCCACAGUGCUGCUCUUCCCUCUACUCUCCCAGCACCUCCCACCACACACACACCAGGCCUCAGACAGCACAGAGGAGCAGAUUGGAGGCUAUAAUCUUCUUGUCACCAGCACUAUUGAGAUGGCUGUGGUGUAUAGGGAUGUGGACGUGUGUGGGAUGAGCAGGCCCUGUUGUUUGUCUGAAAGUGACCAGUGUGACGCUGUUCUCUGCGCGCUGGUCAUCGACUUGGACUUUGACGGACAGAAAGAGGUCCUCCUGGGAACCUAUGGACAGGAGCUGCUCUGCUACAAGUUUCACCAGCCAAUGGUGGGCGUAGCAGGAGACUUCCAGUUACUGUGGAGGCGUAGCUUCAAGAGCCCUCUGCUGUCCGUCAUCUAUCUGGACCUGACAGGAGACGGCCUGAAGGAGUUGGCUGUGCUGACACUCAAGGGCCUGCAUAUAUUACAGCACAGCCUGUGCAGCACCGCUGAACUGGUGCUGCAGCGUUUGGCCACCAGGGCGGCAGCACUGCCUGCAGCCACUGCUGACUUCACCCCACCCCCUACAGGCCAGGGGGAGCAAGAGCAGGAGCAGGAGCAGAAACAGGAGCAGGAGCAGGAGCAGGAGCAGGAGCAGGAGCAGGAGCAGGAGCAGAAACAGGAGCAGAAAGAGACCAGUGAGGAGCAGAGCUGUUCUACCAGCACCACCACCACCUAGGGGACACGCCUCUGAAGAUGAGCGAUGCUCGAUGGAUGCGAUGAUUGACAGUGAAGGGGCGUAGUUGCUAGGCUACACUGUGUGAGGACUGAUUACAACAUGACCCCCCCCCCCUUCAUGUGAAGUUGUCAGGAGCUGGGCUGAGUACAGAUUUUACGGUCACAAUCAAGAACCAGUAUCCUGUGUGUGUUGGGAAGGGUCUGUCAUGAGCCAGUGAGAGUAGUUUGAAGAAUGAGCAUGAUGGUUUAUUGUGGAAGAUAACUUCUUCUGUAGGAUGUCUGACUGACUCGCUGUGUAUUAAGUGUCCUCUGUACAGCAUGCUGGCAGUGUACCCAACCAACUCCAAGUAACUCCAGCUACGUCUUGUAGUAAUAUGUUAUAACUUAAAAAGUAAUUUGCACCUAGUCAUUUAUGGAGUACUAAGCCCUAGUAACUUGGGACUCUUAAUAUGAAGUGUGGCAGGAGAUCCUUUCUCACCUCUCCAGUGACUUGACUAACCUGGCCUUACUGCUGAAUCUGAUGCGUGGAGCUGUGUGCCUAUUGUGGCAAACGUGUGUAUGGUCACACAUGCGUGGAGCUGUGUGCCUAUUGUGACAAACGUGUGUAUGGUCACACAUGCGUGGAACUGUGUGCUUAUUGUGGCAAACGUGUGUACGGUCACACAUGUCAAUGUGAAGCCGCCUGUGGUUGCACUGCUGUUGCAUUUCAUUAUGGCAGUCAUUUGAUUUGCAUUAAAUACUUGAAUGUUUUAUAAA